ACUUAAAACAUUCGCCUUAACGAACCAUGCGGCGACACUAUGACACGCUGUCGUUGCUCGCGUGUUCUGUGACUUUAGUCAGCAUGUAACGAUAAUGAUAAGUACUCUUUAUUGGCACUGAUUAAACGUAUAAUUUUCCAAACUACAUUGGUAUAUCUUCUGAUAUUGAAUUGCGCGUACGCGUGGGCCAAACAAUAUUUGAUAAGCUGUCUUGUAGUCAUUGGUCGGAUUGAGGGCGUACGCGUCUCCGCCGACGUACCGAGAUCUAUAAAACCGUGUUAUGCCAAAUAUUUUGUAGCACUUUUUGCUCGAGCGCGGCGCUGUCGCCUGGCGCUUGUUUAACGUAGUACAAUAAUUAUUACAAACUUAUCCCGUUUAUCAAGUAAGAGUAUACAAUCGUUUACAAUGGCUUAUUUACAAUCAAUGCCCAAAUCUGAAACCAUUCAACUUCGCGAGAAACAUGUUGGAGCGGCGUGCCAACUGUUUUUCCGUUCUUCCCCGCUGAAAAUAGUGCGAGGAAUAGCACAAUUCAUGUAUGACGAAACCGGCGAAAGGUAUCUUGACUGCAUCAACAACGUUGCCCAUGUCGGCCAUUGUCAUCCACAUGUUGUUGAGGCUGGUAGAAAUCAAAUGUCUCUAAUAUCGACAAACAACCGCUAUCUUCACGACGAGCUAGUUAUUCUAGCACAAAGGCUCGUCAAUACAUUACCAGAAUCAUUGUCGGUUUGCUUCUUCGUAAACUCUGGGUCGGAGGCUAAUGAUCUCGCUUUGAGAAUGGCAAGAAUCCAUACUAAGAAGAAGGAUGUAAUUACCUUGGACCACGCGUAUCAUGGCCAUCUAACGACUAUGAUCGAUAUUUCACCAUACAAAUUUAACCUACCCGGAGGUCCCGAGAAACCAGACUGGGUUCAUGUGGCACCAGUACCGGACGUGUACAGGGGGAAAUAUACUCAUCCGGCAGACUCAGAAUCGGUAGAGGAAGUAGGUCGGAUGUACGCCGACGAAGUAGGCAAUAUCUGCAAUGAGAUUAAGAAUAAGAAUGGAGGCGUUUGUGCUUUCAUAGCGGAGAGUCUGCAGAGUUGUGGGGGACAGAUUAUACCUCCGGACGGAUAUUUCAAACGUGUAUACGAAUAUGUGCAUGAAGCCGGUGGUGUGUGUAUCGCCGAUGAGGUUCAAGUAGGGUUCGGUCGUGUCGGCACACACAUGUGGGCCUUUGAAACUCAAGACGUUGUUCCCGACAUAGUCACUAUGGGCAAACCUAUGGGUAAUGGACAUCCUGUGGCCGCUGUAAUUACCACCCCCGAGAUCGCCAAGAGCUUCUCUGAUACAGGCGUUGAAUAUUUUAACACGUACGGCGGCAAUCCUGUGUCUUGUGCCAUCGCCAAUGCAGUACUUGAUGUCAUCGAAGAAGAAAACCUUUUGGAGAGAGCGUCACGUGUCGGUAACCAUUUACUCAGUCGGUGUGAAGAUCUGAAGCAUAAACAUAGACUCGUCGGCGAUGUCCGCGGUCGGGGUCUGUUUGUAGGCGUCGAACUUGUCACCGAUAGGGAAACCAGAACUCCCGCUACAGCUGAAGCAAAACAUGUUGUCAAUAGAAUGAGAGAAGAAAAGAUCUUGAUUAGUCGUGACGGGCCAGACAGUAACGUAUUAAAGUUUAAGCCCCCUAUGGUGUUUACGACACAAGACGCCGACAGACUAGUGGAAACUCUAGACAGAGUUUUAGGGGAGUUGGAUGACACAAGAAUAUCGAACAUUAAAUUAGAAGUACUAGUCACACCGAUCAACACUGAAGUUCCGAAAAAGGAGAACGUCAUUAAAAGUUCUGUACAAAAGGCAAUCAAGACUUGAUAAAUGUUUUAUUACUGUAAUAGUAUUAAUAAACCUGAAGACUGUAAAUACUGAUAGAAUAAUGGAUUAAUUGUUACAUGUUGUUGUAAUUUAUAGAUUUAAGGAAUACAAUUAAAUA